AUGCAUUUUAGAAUUUCAUCCAAAAACAGUAAUUUAGCUUCACUUAGAGGACUUAAAGGUCAGCCGGCAUUGAAAGAUGGUACCGCAAUGAAUGUGCUGCAGGAAAAUAGUAGUUUUGCUGCUUUUGUAGAUCGAAUGCAUGCUCUUAAUCGUGUGUUUCUAGUGAAAAAGAAACGGGAAUCGGAAGUGGAGACAGUGUCAUGUCCUGCACCAGUGGAUAUUGACGCUGCAGACAAGGCCCAUUUGGCUUAUGUUGAUGCCGAGUCGAAGUGGUUAGACUGCUGCCUGCGCGAGUUUCUUGAAAGAAGAUCCAGGUACGGAUCAAGUAGUCGCUUCCUCCUCCGUCUGGUGGUGGUGUUAAUAAUACUACUUGGAUCUUUGUGGUAUUGUUGGCCUUUGUGGGAAUGCCUCAUCGAUGUGGAGGCGGAGGCGCAUUUCAGAGUUCUUGGAAUUUCUUCUAGUGCCUCACCAAAUGAGAUAAAACGUGCAUAUCGAGAGGCUGUUAAGCGCUGGCAUCCGGAUCGGAAUCCAAAUUGUGACUCUUGCCGUACUCAAAUGUUAAAAGUACAACAGGCACACGAUGUUUUGCUGGCCCGAGGGAGUCAAAGAUUUGAAUUGGCUGAAAAAUAUAGAGAAGAGCUUUUACAGCUCCGUUCUUUGGUGUUUUUUCGCUUGUACGAUAUGUCUUUUUAUGCAGCUCAAGAAAUGUACUAUUUGGUCCUAAGAACUUGGAUGCGACCUGACGAUGGUCAAAAAGGUUUUGUUUUGCCUCUUCAAGUGGUAUGUCGGACUUUGACGAUGGGGAUGUUUACAACAUAUGAGUUUUUAUAUAUUUCUGGUUUUAAUAUUGUGGUGAUUCUUCAAGUAUUUUACUAUUGCGUCUCUGUGGCAAGGAUAUCUCUGGCAGAGCGAGAAAUGUCAAGAAUGGUAAAGCAUUCCUAUUUUGAUUUUUACAGAGAAGCCGUGACGUUCACUGUUGUACCUCUCGUGUUUCAUGUUAUUCAACGACUCACAGGGAAAACUGAGGUUUCUGGAGAGGAUGGAUUGGAGUUUUUCUUUCGUCUAUCGUUUGGUAUACUCUAUAUUAUGUCUCAUUUAUAUCGGAUGACUCCAAAUGUCUGGGAUAAUUUUCUCAUGAAAAAAUGCUCAAUUCCGCUCAAUUAUCUACGAUUGCCCGCAAAAAACAUUUCUCUUCAAGGUUUUUUGUUCACAGAAUUGGGAAUUGUAUUAGAUGACUUGUUCGCUUUUACGUGUCGAGUACCGUCAAUAUUUCGUUUUACGGUCAUUGUCUUGCACGUUAUAUUUUUGUGUGAACUCGCAUGGCUUCCGCAUGAUGCUCCAGUGACAGUGGUUUUGGGUCGGCGAUACGCAAGGAAAGGCGUGAAGGGGAAAAGGGAAAAUACAGAGAAAAUUUUAAAGAAAAAAACAGAAAUUGAAGAGACUUUAAAUCUGGAUUCCAGGCACGAAGUACCGGAGUCUUCUCAGCAUUGCUUGUCUCCAGAGGAACGUGCUCUUGUGGAAAAUUUGGAUGCUGAGUCAAUCACUUGGCUUGACAUUGUGGGUACCAAGUAUAAACGUAGGAUGGAUGUUGCUGUGGCGGCUUGCAUGCGUCAAAAAGCAGGGCUCCAUAACAUUUGA